AUUCUUCUGUCCGCUGCACCUUGGGUCGGAUCAGUGUCCUCUAUAGGGCUCUCGCCUCUUUAUAUUUUUUUACUUUUGUGUAUAAGCUCGAUAGGGCUAAAAGAGGGGAGCGGGGAGGGGGGGGACAGCCCUGCACACACCCGCACGCACCCCCAGGCACCCACCUCCGCACACACGUAGGAAAAGAGUUGUAGGAUUUUUGAUUAUUCAUUUUAUUUUGAUUUUUUAUUUUUUUCUUUUUUUUUUAAUUCCUCUCUUAAUUUGCUGCUGAUUUGGAAUCUCGGUAGUAAUGGAGGGGCAGAGGAGGUUCUGGACCGAGUGGAGGCUAUCAUUUUUCAAAGAGGGAAGUUGCUCCAUUUUCUAUGCAAAUGACAGAAAUGCAAGAAGCUCUCACAAGUCAGAGAGGCGAUCGACGGCUCUCAGGUUGGGACAAUAUUUGUCAGCUAACAGAUAAGCAAACGCUGUCUCCCUCUCCCUCCCUAUUUUACUUAUGCCACAGAAAUGGACGUCAAAAGAUACUAACCGAGGAGACCACCCCCCGUGCUCAUGGCACCUCGUCCCCCGCCUCCGAACUUCCCAACGGUGUCACAAAGGAAGGAAUUAAGAGUUUAAUAAAGAAAAGGAGUGGGCGAGAAGACCCACGGGGGGGAGCGUGGACACGCCAGCCGCGGCGAGACACCACCACAUCCCCCCCGCGCCUUCAUCUCAGCGUUGAUUUUUAGGAAGGAAAAGGAAUAUAGAAGAAUGGGGAUAUGUAGCGAAGGGUGGAUUUGGGGGUACGGGAGUGUCCCCCUUUCUCCAGCCCCCCGGCCGCGGCGCCCCGCUCGGCCGGCAGGUGGCGCGCUCCGCCAAGGUGGGGGGCGAGCGCGGCGGCGGCGCGCGCGGGGAUUCGGGGCGCCGCGCACCGACUCGGGCCUAAACGACUCCGCGAUCGUCAUUAUUUGUAACCAUAGAGCAUGAAUUACCUCUUGAGGUCAUCAGUGAGAAUUUACGACUGGUCAACAAAAGCACGUGAUUCCCAAACGCACCCCCCACCCUCCCCCCCCCCCCAUAUUUGGCCGCAUACAUAGCAAAAACGAAGUACAGUGCAUCGCUAUAAUUCAUUAAUACAUCAUAAAUCGUCAAGCACAGGGUUAUAACGACCACGAGCCACAAAUCAAGCCCUCCAAAAUAACCCAAAUGAGCUCUUACUUUGUAAACUCGUUCUCAGGGCGCUACCCAAAUGGCCCCGACUAUCAGUUACUAAAUUAUGGGACCAGCAGUUCCAUGAACGGUUCUUACAGAGAUUCAAGCACCAUGCAUUCCAGCUCUUAUGGCUACAACUACAAUGGGAUGGACCUUAGCAUCAACCGCUCAGCCUCCUCCAGCCACUUUGGGGCUGUGGGGGAGAGCUCCCGCGGUUUCCCUUCUCCAGCUCAGGAGAGCAGGUUUAGACAGGCGUCUAGCUGCUCCUUAUCUUCUCCCGACUCCCUUCCCUGCUCCAACAGCGAGAGCCAUGGAGGCAAACCCGCCCCGUCCCCCUCCGACCAAGCUCCUUCUGCCAGCACCACCAACACAAAUUUCACAGAACUAGACGAGACCAGCGCGUCCUCGGGAGCCGACGAGGGCACUCCAAUAAGCAGCAGCAUCCCCCGAGCGCAGGCAGAGCCCAUCGCGACCUCCACCGCAGCAACAGAAGGGCAGGCACCUCAGAUAUUCCCUUGGAUGAGGAAACUUCACAUUAGCCAUGACAUGACUGGACCAGACGGGAAGAGGGCGAGGACAGCGUACACUCGCUACCAGACCCUGGAGUUGGAAAAGGAAUUCCACUUCAAUAGAUAUCUCACCCGCAGGAGGAGAAUAGAGAUCGCUCACGCUCUCUGCCUCUCCGAGCGCCAGAUCAAAAUCUGGUUCCAGAACAGGAGGAUGAAAUGGAAGAAGGAUAAUAAACUGAAAAGCAUGAGCUUAGCCUCGGCGGGCAGCGCCUUUCAGCCAUAAAGUCUAGAGGAGGAAUAUCGAGGGAAGAAGAGGAGGCGAGAAAGAAAUCCGUAAAUAAAUAAAUAAAGCGCAGCAGAUCUUAGUUUCCGAGUACUGUACAGUGAGGCACCUUCUUUUCAGCAUGUUGUUGAUAUUCUAAACCAACGCGUAUGGUACCGUUAUCCCAGGACUGAGUCCAUGUCGUGUUCUGUUUGUUAUUAAAUUUGGGUUUUUAAAUCUUUUCUUUUUUAUAUAAUUAAAUUUUAUUUCCAGAUGUUCCUCAUGCUCUUGUUGUUCUUCUAAAUGUCUGUGUCCGUGCUCUCUUGAUGCUUUCUGGAAAGCUAGCAUGUUUUAUGUGAGCCCUUUAAAUGUUAUAACUUAUUUAUAAAUCGAGAACAGAUACGGUUGUUUAUUUGUUGGGUUUCUUUUCUUUAUUCCCCCCCACCCUUUUCCUGAGUUUACUGCUUUUGGGUGAGUUGUUCUCUGCCUAAGCUAAAAACGGGGGUUCCUGCACUACAGUGGCAGAAAAAAAAAAAAGCUAAAAAAACCCAAACAAAAAUGUAAAAAAAAGGGAAAAAGAGGUUAAAAAAAAAAAAAAAAAGGCAAAAGCUCUUGUAUCUGUCUUAAAAUUGUCCAGUCUGUGUUUUAGUCCAAACUUCAGGCCAGGAUUUCUAGUCCCAGCCUAAUUCCAAGACGUACUCUUAGACGUGGGUAAACUUCACUGUUAUAAAAGGAAAAAUUAUGUAUAAAAUCGGACCAACAAUAGAGUGCUCUAAUGUCUGUAAAUACUAGAAAUAUUUCUGAUGUGACUAAUAGACGGUUUGUAGUGGGCAGAGUGAAUGCAAUGUUAUGUGUAAAAAUGGCAUCUGUCAUGUCUAGCUGCCUGUUAGUACUUUGCCAAUAAGCUUUUUGUAUUUGUUUGUAGCUUUACUUGAAGUCAAAUAAACGUUUCUCCUACUCACAAAGGC